AUGAAGGUUCAUGAAACAAGAUCUCAUGGUAAUCAACCUGCUGAGGAGGAAAGAAUGGUGACGAGGAAACAGAAAGCAGAGGCCAAAGGGCACGAAGGACAGCAAUCCCCUAAGAAAGCGAAAGCCGAGCACCAUGAUAUCGACCAACAUACCGGCAAAUCAACUUCAGAAAUUGCUGCAGAGUUCGACAAAUUCUGCAAGGCGACAAAGGAGCACCUAUCCAAGGAGCAAAUGCGAGAAAUUCUCGAAGCCAACGGCCAGGAUUCGUCGGUUUCAGACGAUGCUGUUCUUCCAAUGUGCCAGGACAUCAUGUUUCAUGGUCCCCUGAGUACUUGUCCAGUUUGUGGUGGCUCUUUGAUGUAUAAUGGCAGAGGGUAUUCAUGUAAAGGGGAGUUUAGUGAAUGGUCAAGUUGUACUUAUGCUACAAAAGACCCACCAAGAAAAGAUGAGCCCCUGAAGAUCCCUGAAUCUGUUGAGAAAUCUCCAGUUGCUGAAGUCAUAAAGAAGCACCAGGAUCCGAAAAAUCGUCCUAAAAGGGAGUUGAAGCUAGCUGAUAAGCCCUUUGCUGGGAUGAUGAUUUCGUUAUCAGGUCGUCUCUCGCGAUCACAUCAAUACUGGAGAAAGCAGAUUCAGAAGCAUGGGGGAAAGGUUGCAAAUCAUAUUAUCGGGGUCACUUGCCUGGUCACAUCAUCUGCUGAGAGAGAACGAGGAGGUUCUUCAAAAUUGACUGAAGCAAUGGAAAGGAGCAUGCCAAUAGUAAGCGAGGAUUGGCUUAUUGAAAGCAUAAACAAAAAUGAAGCACAACCACUGGAUGCUUUCGAUAUUGUUAGCGAUUUAGCUGUGGCGGGAAGAGGUAUUCCUUUAGAUAAACAGGAAUCAAGUGAAGAAGCUAUCGAAACUAUAGCAGCAGAGUUGAAACUGUAUGGAAAAAGGGGUGUCCACAAGGAUACUAAAUUGCAGGAUGAGGGAGCGAAGAUAUACGAGAAAGAUGCUAUACUCUAUAAUUGUGCUUUUACUAGGUGCAAUCUGGGAAGAGGAUGGAAUGAUUUCUGCAUUACACAACUGAUCAUUAUGCCUGAUAAUAAGUUGCACUUCUACCAGAAGAAGGGUAGAAUUGGGGAAGAUGCCAGAGCAGAAGAUAAGCUGGAGGAGAGGGAUGAUAUUGGGAAUGCUCUUAAAGAGUUUGCAAAACUUUUUGAAGAGAUGACUGGGAAUGAGUUUGAGCCAUGGGAGCGAGAGAAGAAAUUUAAGAAGCAGCACAACAAGUAUUUUCCUAUUGACAUGGACGAUGGAGUGGAGGUUAGGCAUGGCGGACUCGGCCUCAGGCAGCUUGGAGUCGCUGCAGCUCAUAGUAAGCUUGAUCCAAUGGUGGCUAGUUUCAUGAAAGUGCUUUGCGGUCAGGAGAUAUACAGGUAUGCCUUGAUGGAGCUGGCAUUGGAUUAUGCUGAAUUUCCAGUUGGGAUGGUCACAGAUGUUCAUUUAAGAAGAUGUGAGGAAACACUUCUGGAAUUUGUGCAGAAGCUGAAGUCCAGCCCCAGUGGACCAAAAGCAGAUGCGCUGUGGUCUGACUUCAGUUCAAGAUGGUUUACCCUUCUUCCAUCUACAAGACCUUUCCGUUUCCGUGAUCUAAGUGACCUUGCAGAACAUGGUGCAGCUGCAUUUGAGACUGUAAGAGACAUCACAACUGCUUCCCAUAUCAUCGGUGAUAUGUCUGGUGGAACCUUAGAUGAUCCAUUGUUUGACCGGUAUAAGAAGUUGGGAUGUUCAAUUUCCCCAGUGGAAAAAGAUACAGAUGACUAUAAGAUGAUAGUUGGCUACCUUGAGAAGACCUAUGAACCAUACAAAGUUGAAGAAGUGAGUUAUGGUGUGUCAGUGGAAAGGAUCUUUGCAGUUGAGUUGAGCGCAUCCCCCUCUUUGGAAGAAAUCAAGAAGCAACCAAAUAAAGUAUUGUUGUGGUGUGGUACCCGAAGUUCAAAUCUGCUCAGGCAUUUGCAGAAAGGAUUUUUGCCAGCUGUUUGUUCAUUGCCUGUUCCAGGAUAUAUGUUUGGGAAGGCCAUUGUGUGCUCAGAUGCUGCAGCAGAAGCUGCUAGGUAUGGUUUCACAGCAGUUGACAGGCCAGAAGGCUUCCUGGUGCUGGCUGUUGCAUCUUUGGGGGAGGAGAUAACUGAAAUUAGUGGAACUCCAGAGGAUACAAAGCCCCUGGAGCAGAAGAAACUAGGAGUGAAGGGUCUUGGAAAAAAGAAAACAGAUGAAUCAGAACACUUCAUGUGGAAGGGUGACAUCAAAGUUCCUUGUGGGCGUCUAGUUCCCUCUGAACAUAAAGAUAGCCCCUUAGAGUACAAUGAAUAUGCUGUCUAUGAUCCAAAGCAGGUGAGCAUAAGGUUCUUGGUGGAAGUUAAGUACGAAGAGCAAAAUGUCGAAUAUGAUGUGGAGGAGUGA